CACGAGGGUUGAGUGAAAAUUUUGCCGCGGACACAUUCUUGGUUUAAAAGAUACUUUCUGCCAUGCCUUGUGUAGAAGACUGGCUGACAAACCCGUUAAGCGUAGCUGAGGGUAUAUUCACGGAAGCAAGAAAGCCAGAUCAUGAAAGAGUUCGUGAGUUCUUCACGAAUCGACUGCAAAACAACGAAGCACUCGAGAGAGUACCUUCGUUGAAUGACGUUCCAAGUCAUCUAUUGAAAUCGAAGAGUCUUGUGAGAUUCAGGUGCAUGGUGCAGGAUAUGUUCGACCCAGAGUUUUACCUCGCGUCUUAUGAAGUCGUAAACAAAGCGGACAAUUCGUCGAAUUUACGAUGUGGUAUGUACCAAGACAUGGUGAACUGUGGGGAAAAUUUCGAGCUUCGUCUGGAGUCGCCGAGAAACGUCACCAAAGAACGGCAAACAUUUUACUGCGUCCCAAUUCCAGGUGAGACUGAAUGGGCGAAGAAAACGUUUGCGGGGAGAAACGUGGCUUCCGGUUUGCAAUCACAAUCACUCCAGCGGAAAAACGCAGGAAUCAAGAGAAGUCUUGACGAAGAAAUGGACGAGGGAACAGCAACCGCUGAACACGGUUUGCAAGUUGCUAACAGCAACAGUAAUGAUGAAGCUAAAAGAGCAAGAUCCCCUCAAACAGCAGGCAGUAGUAACAUUCCAUCCCACCCACAGGGUAUUGAUCUAAAUUUUCCUCUACCUAAUGAAUGUGGUCCAGCUUGUCUCAUUCACAUCUAUGAUCAAGAGAGCACAUUCAAGGUAAAUGACAUGGUUGAGUUCAUUGGUGUGCUGUCUGUUGACCCUGGGCUGGCUGUAUUCUCCGAUCAUGAUAUGGUAGAUAAUGUGCAAGAACCCUUAGGACCCAGCCCUGAGGACUUGAUCACUCCAGAAGAGCAAGCUGUUCAUCACCCCCCACCAUCACUUGUGCCACGGCUCCAUGUCUUGGCUUCUCAUUGUCUAACCCACUCUAACCCAUGUGUCCCCAGUGACAUCAAAGGGGAGUCAUCAACUGCCAUUAUGCAACAGUUGGCCGAGGUGAGGGGUGAGUUGAUGUCUGUGUUGACACAAGUUAUGUAUGGUGAUCGCCUUGCAGCAGAGUAUUUACUUCUUCACUUGGUUUCCUCAGUGUACAACUGGACUGGUAUAAUGCCUGUUGGAAAAUUUAUGUUGAAUGUCAGUGGGUGUCCACCAUCAGAGUCAUUCCCCCAAGAGAUGCACAAACUUGUGGAACAAUUGGUGCCGAAAUGUUUCUUCCUGUCCAUGACACUAGACAACAUGAACACCUUGAACUUUGUUCCAAAGAAGGACGACACAGCAAACCGACUGAAGAGCAGUGUGCUCCAGUUAUCAGAAAGCACGAACAUAGUGGUGGAUGAGACAGCUUUAGAAGCUGGUCAGCUGAAUGGAAAUGGUGUAAAGAAUGUUACAGCCCUAGAGAAUGUCAUCUCUUGGCAAAAACUGGAGUACGACUUCAAUUAUUACAAAACAGAGUUUACAACAAACCUUUUGGUCCUGAUUCUCUCUGAAGGAAAGUCACUGCUUCCUUCUGACUGCCAUGUGGUACUCAGGCCCCACGAAGCAUCUGAGACUGUAGAGAGAGUUCUGAGCACUGUUUCUUCAGCUACCAUGGAGCGCAUGCGAGCCUUCUUGGGUCUGGCACGACUGGCAGAGUACUCACUGACCCCUGAGAUGCAAAAGGUUCUUCAGGACGACUUUGUGAAGAGCAGGCAGCAGGAUCGUAGCAACAUGACGGCAGAGGACUUCCAUCUCUUACUGCUGUUGUCACGGUUUAUGUCUCUGAGUCACGGGCAAAACACUCUGACAUCAGAGACGUGGACCCAUGUUAAACAGAUGGAAUUGGAAAGAAGAGCAAGACUUGUUUCUGUUAGUCCUCACAACUAAAUAUGAACCUUAACACCAAGUGCUUCAGUUUGUAGUCAGUACAUGUAUAUCUAUUAAGUUUAAACAUGGACUGAUAGGCAUAGGAGAGAAAUGCAAUGUAAAAAACCGUUUACAUUUACGUGGACUUUCACAUUUUUAGUCUGUUGCAAACUUGUUUACACCAUAAUAAAUAAAUAAUAGUACAUCAUUUAAUAGUACAUCAUUUAACAAGUGUGUAAAUGUUGAACACUUUAGGGGCUUGAUUGUUACACAAUGACAUUAAAUUAAUUUUAUGUUGCCCGGCAUGAUCUCUGCCAUAGUAACUAAUAUUGUAAUGGUAACCACAGUAGUAUUGUUUGUAAUAAA